AUGGCAAUUCAAACCAACAGUAGCCGAGGUCUACAACAACAAUCACCACCACUAGAUGCACAAACACUUGGUAAACGUCCAUCAGCAGACAGAUACACCAUAACCGAGACGAAAGGGAAACGUCACCGCACAAACCCUGUUGGAAAUACGUUGGUUAAUUGUCGUUAUUGUGAUGCUUUGAUGUGGCAAGCAGAGAGCCAAAGGAAAACCAGAGACAUAACCAAAUUGAGCUUCUCCAUUUGUUGUCAUGCGGGGCGUGUAUCACUACCCAAGAUGAAAGAAACCCCACCAUAUUUGGAUAAACUUCUAAAAGAUGCAAAUUUCCUCCAACAUAUAAGGACGUUUAACUCUCUUUUCGCGUUUACGUCAAUGGGGGCUAAAGUUGAUGAAUCGAUCAAUAGAAGACCUGGCCCAUAUUGCUACAGAGUUCAUGGAAAAAAUUACCACAGACUUGGGUCCCUUUUGCCGAUUGAUGGAGAGUCCCCCAAGUUUCUACAAUUGUACAUUUUUGAUACGACGAAUGAGGUGCAAAAUAGAAUUAAAGCCCUAACGAAUGGGAAAUCAUUAACCCCACCUGAUGAAAGCAUAAUCUGCGGAUUGCUAGAGAUGCUUGACGACACCAACGAGCUUGCAAAAAUCUACAGAAUGGCUAGAGAUCAACAUGAAGAGGCAGACCCAACAGAAAUGUCCAUUCGAUUAGUGGGCCAACGACAACGCGGGAGACAGUAUGACUUACCAACAGCUGAUGAAAUUGCAGGACUAAUUAUUGGUGACCUCUCUUUGACAAUUGGUAAACGAGAUGUCAUUGUCCAAUACAAGUCCAACAAUCUGCAAAGGGUGAGCGAGUUACACCCGAAGUUCAUGUCACUACAAUACCCAUUAUUGUUUCCCUAUGGUGAAGAUGGUUAUCAUGAGCAAAUACCACUGCUACCAGGAGAGAAGGCUAUAAAGAGGGAAUUUGUGACCAUGCUUGAGUUCUAUUCUUAUCAAAUUCAAACAAGACUGUCACAAGGUACGACUUUGAUAAGAUCAGGCCGUCUCCUUCAACAAUAUGUGGUGGAUGCAUAUAUUGCAAUUAAACAAGAACGAUUGGGUUGGCACGCGAGAAAUCAGAAAACCUUGAGGGCAGAACUUUACCACAACAUAUGUGAUGCAAUUGACAAAGGUGAUAGUGAUGCAAACAAUUUGGGUAAACGAAUAAUCUUACCAUCUUCGUUCACAGGAGGACCAAGAUAUAUGGCUCAAAACAACCAUGACGCAAUGGGAAUAUGCAGAUUAUUUGGCAACCCAGAUCUUUUCAUUACCAUAACAGCAAAUCCAAACUGGGUUGAGAUAAAGGACCAUUUGGAAAUCUCAGGAAACAGCACAGCCAGCGAUAGACCAGAUAUCGAAUGUCGUGUAUUCAAAAUGAAGUUAGAAGAAUUGGUCGCAGAUAUUUGGGACGGAGUCUUCUUCGGAAAAGCAAAAUCUGUUAUAUACACCAUCGAGUUUCAAAAGCGCGGCCUACCGCAUGCAGAUAUCUUGGUUUGGCAAGACGAUUCGAAGAAAAUAACUAAAGGGAAAUCAAUACUGGAUAAUCGUUACGUUGUGCCGCACAACCUUCCCCUCCUUAAAAAGUACCAAGCGCAUGUGAAUGUGGAAUGGUGUUGUAAGACAGAAGCGAUUAAGUAUUUAUUCAAAUACGUCACCAAAGGGGUGGACAGGGCAACCAUUGUCGUAGAGACGGCUUCAUGUGCUGCGGUUAAAAUCAAGGCCGAUGCAAAUUAUGUUGAUGAGAUUAAGAAUUAUCAAGAAUGCUGA